AUCUCCUCCGGCUGUUCUUCAAACUUGCCGGGAAAAGAAAACCUUAAUUCUCUCCGGCGAACCUCAAAUUCGCUUAAUUUUCUCUGAAAAACGACAAGGGCAUCUCCAGAAUCCCCCAAUUGAAAAACCCUAAUCCCAAAAUUCCAUGAUCUGUAGAUGGAUUGCAUUCAAUUCAAGCAAAGUGUCUCGUUCUCUCUCUCCUUUCUCUUCUCUCUUAUUCACUAAAUCCUCCUUCUCCGUCGCGAAAAUGGACGAUGAGUCAUUACCCACAACCAAUUCCACUUCCGAUCACAGAGGCUUCUAUAAAGAGAUUCUCUUUGGGAUGAAGAAGAUUGGGUUCCGCGAGUUUCUUCACGGGUAUCACUUUCGAGGUUUGGUUUCGGAAUUGAGGCAUGUUCAUGUCGAAGAAAUCAUGGAUGAAUUGAUGUCUGAAAGCUCAGAUCUUUCUGUUUGGUUUUUCAAAGAGCUGAGAGAUAUCUAUGCGUUUCGUCAUUCGAGUUUUUCCACAUUGUUGGUUUCACAUGUUUUAGCUGGUCAAAGACGUUUCAAAGAGCUUCAAGUGAUUCUGGAACAAUUGCUUCAAGAAGAAGGCACGUCUUCUCUUUUCUUUUGUCUGCAAUUUUAUUGAAAGCUUACAGUUUUAGAGUUUGUUAGGUUUGGUUAAGAUAUUUGUUGGGGUGGAAUAUGAUUUGUUGUAUCAAUUUUCAAUGUUUAGGCUCUGGUUCAGCUUCUAGGCUUUGUGAACUUCUCUCUAAUAGCUUCAGAAAGUGGGAGUCUACGGGAUUAGUUUGGGAUAUGUUGUUGUUUCUUUCAUCAAGAUUGAGAAUGGUUGAUGAUUCUCUUUAUAUCUUGAAAAAGAUGAAGGAUCAGAACUUGAAUGUGUCGACACAGUCGUACAACUCCGUUUUGUAUCAUUUUAGAGAGACGGAUAAGAUGUGGGAUGUGUACAAGGAAAUCAAGGAUAAGAACGAGCACACGUACUCAACAGUUGUAGAUGGUUUGUGUAGGCAACAAAAGCUAGAGGAUGCAGUUUUGUUCCUUCGAACUUCAGAGUGGAAGGAUAUUGGUCCCUCUGUAGUUUCUUUCAAUAGUAUAAUGUCAGGUUACUGUAAAUUGGGUUUUGUAGAUAUGGCGAAGUCGUUUUUCUGUACAGUUUUGAAAUGUGGGUUGGUUCCUAGUGUAUAUAGUCACAAUAUACUCAUCAAUGGACUCUGUCUAGUUGGUUCUAUCGCAGAAGCUUUAGAGUUGGCUAGUGACAUGAAUAAGCAUGGAGUGGAACCUGAUUCUGUGACAUACAAUAUUCUUGCGAAAGGGUUUCAUCUUCUCGGUAUGAUCAGUGGGGCUUGGGAGGUAAUUCGAGAUAUGUUGGAUAAAGGAUUGAGUCCUGAUGUUAUUACAUACACAAUUUUACUAUGUGGACAAUGUCAGUUAGGAAAUAUUGACAUGGGUUUAGUAUUGCUGAAGGAUAUGUUGUCGAGGGGAUUUGAGUUAAACAGUAUCAUCCCAUGCAGUGUAAUGCUCAGUGGUUUAUGUAAAACAGGAAGAAUAGAUGAAGCUUUGUCGUUAUUCAAUCAAAUGAAAGCCGAUGGUCUGAGCCCUGAUCUUGUAGCAUAUUCUAUUGUGAUUCAUGGCCUCUGCAAGUUAGGAAAAUUUGAUAUGGCUCUUUGGCUUUACGACGAGAUGUGUGACAAAAGAAUUCUUCCGAAUUCGAGGACUCAUGGUGCUCUUUUGCUCGGUUUAUGUCAGAAAGGGAUGUUACUUGAGGCAAGAUCGCUUUUGGAUUCUCUGAUUUCAAGUGGAGAGACACUGGAUAUUGUUCUGUACAAUAUCGUAAUUGACGGGUAUGCAAAGUCUGGUUGCAUUGAGGAGGCGUUAGAGUUAUUCAAAGUAGUCAUUGAGACUGGGAUAACUCCUAGCGUUGCAACUUUUAAUUCUUUGAUAUACGGGUAUUGCAAAACCCAGAAUAUAGCUGAGGCUAGAAAAAUCUUAGAUGUCAUCAAGUUAUAUGGAUUGGCUCCAAGUGUUGUGAGUUAUACAACUCUGAUGGAUGCAUAUGCAAAUUGUGGAAAUACCAAAAGCAUAGAUGAAUUGCGCAGGGAAAUGAAAGCAGAAGGAAUCCCACCAACCAAUGUCACGUACUCAGUGAUUUUUAAAGGACUUUGCAGAGGCUGGAAACAUGAAAAUUGCAACCAUGUACUCAGGGAAAGGAUAUUCGAAAAAUGCAAGCAGGGACUCAGGGACAUGGAAUCUGAAGGUAUACCUCCAGAUCAGAUCACAUAUAAUACAAUUAUUCAGUAUCUAUGCAGAGUUAAACAUUUAUCUGGAGCAUUUGUGUUUCUCGAAAUAAUGAAAUCUCGAAAUCUUGAUGCUUCAUCUGCUACUUAUAAUAUUCUAAUCGACAGCCUUUGUGUCUACGGUUACAUAAGGAAAGCUGACAGUUUUAUCUAUUCGCUCCAGGAGCAGAAUGUUAGUUUGUCCAAAUUUGCUUAUACCACACUGAUCAAGGCACAUUGUGUAAAGGGUGACCCUGAAAUGGCAGUGAAGCUAUUUCAUCAACUGCUGCACAGAGGAUUCAAUGUUUCCAUUAGGGACUAUAGCGCGGUGAUCAACCGUUUGUGUAGGAGACAUUUGGUAAACGAGAGCAAAUUCUUCUUCUGUCUAAUGUUAUCCCAGGGUAUUUCGCCUGACUUAGACAUUUGUGAAGUGAUGAUCAAGUCAGAUGAAUUGCUUUCCUGGACAAUCAAAUGGGGUUUGUUGCCUGAUUAGUAAUGAGAGAAGUUUUGUCUAUUGUCCCAUCUUAUCUGCUAACUGCAGAAGGCACACACUUUCAGUAGAGAAACUGUCUCAUGAGUGAUUCAGUUAACAGAUUAAUCUUAGCUACUGGAUGGUAUCAUCGGGCAACAGUUGUAUCACAUUGACGACUUUGACGAAUUGCGGUUCUUCUGAAGAUGAAGUCACAGCUUGGUCAAAAACGGACGGGGGAAUCAAAAGGGUCCGGCCAGUGACAACAACUCCAGUUAUAACCUGCUUGGUCGUAAAUAAGAGUAUUUGACGGAAGUGGACAAAAUGGUAAGUUCAGCUUUGCGUGAGGGAUCCUAGGAUUCUGGGCUCAUUCAACUACAAACCAAGACGGGUGAAAUACAUAAUCCAUUUUUGUAACCAAAAAGCUUUUCCAUUUUUCGACCAGAUAUCGCCAGAUUUUUUACUGUAACUUCUUGAUAGUUUGUUGUUCUUACUCAUUCCAGAGCAUAUCUUGUCUGUCUGAAACAUUCUUUUGUACCUAUUCCCAACACUAAUGUAAGAUCAGCACAUAAUUAACUUAAGAGAAGGAUAACAUUGAGACAACACAGCUUGGUAAUUAUAC